CAGCAGGUCUCCAGUCAGUCUGAGACAGAGGCCAGAGAAGAAGCUCGAGGACAUGUUGUGUAUUCUGCAUCAUUUUCUCGCACUGACAAGAGAUGUGUGACUCCACUGAGCGCCGUCAUGGACAAAAGGGCCCCCGGGGCCACUUCAGUGUCACGUAGCCGAGGACACAACCUCUGGUGUCCAGAUGAGCAGGGAAGGCGGUGAUGGACUCCACUCGGACGCACAGUUGUGAAACACUAUGAAGGCAAACGGUGCAGCAUCUGAGGGUCUCUGGGCGCCGCAGUAAGAGCCAUGGAUCACUUAUUCCGGAGGAAGCGGGUCGGUCUGCUGAAACCCCUCCUGAGCCUGUCUCUGGUCUUUGCCUCUUUUCUAAUGAUCCACAAGCUGAAACUGGCAGAGAAGGACGGAGUGGGAGCUAAACACAUAAGGGAUGCUGGUUGGUGCGGCUCUGAGUGUUUUUCAUUCAAGAAGGGAGCCGUGAAACCUAGUUUGGGGAGCUCGGGCUCUCCAGUGCUUAGCAACGAAUUGGAUGCGCAGCGGGUCUCUAACGGGACUCCGGCUUCCUGGGACGCGCAGGUUCUCAACUGCAGCGAGGACGCGUCGGUGAGGACGCAGGACUGGUUCCGGCGCUUGGACCCGAGAUUUCACCAGUUUGUUCUGCACAGACACUGCAGGUACUUCCCCAUGCUCAUCAACCAUCCGGAGAAGUGCGCGGAUGGAGAGGUGCACCUCCUCAUGGUGGUCAAAUCCGUUAUCGAGCAGCACGACAGGCGGGAAGCGGUGCGUAAAACCUGGGGCAAGGAGCACACGGUGGAUGGGAAGAAAAUAAGAACUUUAUUUCUUUUGGGGAGCCCGACGACUGGCAAAGACACUAAAAACCUCCAGAAACUGAUAGAGUACGAGGACAGGAUCUAUGGGGACAUCCUCCAGUGGGACUUCAUGGACACCUUCUUCAACCUGACCCUGAAAGAGGUCAACUUCCUCAAGUGGUUCGACAUCUACUGCCCUGGUGUCCAGUUCAUAUUCAAAGGAGAUGAUGAUGUGUUUGUGAACACGCACAACCUGUUGCAGCUCAUCGACUUCAGACUGGAGGAGCGCAAAUACGCAGAGCUGUUCGUAGGGGACACCAUCUCCAAAGCGAUCCCCAUCCGAAACAGGCAGAGCAAAUAUUACAUCCCCAAAGAGCUGUACGAUAAGCCAUAUCCCCCGUAUGUCGGAGGAGGUGGGUUUCUGAUGUCCUCCCAGCUGGCCAGGAGGCUCUUCGUGGUCUCGGAGGACCUGGAGUUGUACCCGAUCGACGAUGUGUUUUUGGGGAUGUGCCUGCAGAAGCUUCACUCGGCUCCGGAGAUGCACCCGGGCUUCAGGACCUUCGGCAUCACCAGACGCAGGGUGAGCCCCAUGAACAGCGAGCCAUGCUUUUACAAAAACCUCAUCGUGGUGCACAAACUGAGCGCGCAGGAGCUGCUCAGGAUGUGGAGCGUGGUGCACAACGAGGACCUGAUCUGCGCUCAGAGGGUCUCCAUGUGAUUGUAUAUAAACUAAGUUAAUUCACCCAAGCUGAACUGAAUACAAAGAACACUUGUGUUUCAAUUGAUCAUAUAUGAUGAUCCUUACUGAAUCUGCUCAAGAUUUUCUGUAUGUCAAAUUCAAAAGGUUACAAAGUUUCCCUCUUCACUGCUCCUGCUACUUUAAGUUUCCAUUUUGUAAAACCACUACCAUACAAGCAUCCCAGGAAGAUUUCUAAUUUUUGGUGCCAUUUCAGGUUGUGUUUUCGUCACUCUGUCACCCUAAUCUGAGAUCUAAUGUUGAUGUAGACACAUGGUUGUAAUGGUUUUAGUGCGUGUUUGUGCAGGCACAAAUAAGACUGGACUUUUUACACCUUGGUGUCUCUCUGAAACAGCUGAUUUGAUCGUCUAUUUCUGAUUUCAGGGUUCCAGUGUGACUGUCACAGUGAGCUAUGGACUCAGCACAUAACAUGAAACAAACAACUGCAUUCAUUCAGUGAUUAUUUUGUAGGGUGUUGAAAUUGUAACAAAAUUAAAUGAUUGGUUGUCAGUUAA